GCAGCAGGAGGAGAAACCAGAGAAACACUCACCGAGGGACUGGAAACACACGACGCCUCGAACGGAUUCUGCUCACGAGCUCCUUCUAGAACCGAACCCACCAAACUAUUACAUGUUCUGCUAACUUCCGCCACGCGCGGCGCGUGCGGAACCCCGGCACGAGCCGGAGGGAGACUUCCGGGGAAAAUAACUUCAGUCGAUAAUCGAUGUAUCGACAUUUAACAGCGGUGUUCAGUGGGCUGCAAGGCUGCUCGUCGUGAUGAAACGCACCAACAGGAAGCGUGAAGAAGACGAGACCCUGUGCUGCUGUGAAUAUGUGAAUCGUCAUGGAGAGCGGAGCCACAUAGCAGCCUGCUGCUGUGACUGUGAAGACCUGGAUGAUGUCUGUGACAGAUUUCUGAAGAGGGAGUCUCAGAAACCAGAUUCACUGUCACAAGUGGCUGCAGUUGUGACAGACAGGAUUCGUGUUCCCUGGAUUUGGGGCGGAGCUCGAAAAGUGGACUUGUCCGUCAUCCCUCCACUUAUCCUUCUUCCGAUCCUCCUGCACGUCGCUGCUUUCCAUUUCUUGCUCGGCCUGGUGGUUCUGACAGCUCUGCCAGGCCUGGUGCUGUGGUACUACUACGUUACCCACCGCAAAAAGGGACAAACGCUGUUUUUCCUGAGCUUGGCUCUCUUCUCUUUAGUGUACAUGUACUAUCUAUUUAUCACAGAGGUGUUUCCUCGUGGGGAUGUUGACCAGGUUCAGCUGGUGGUAGUAACUGUCGGGGUCAUCCUCACACUAGCUGCACUUGUUCACACUAAGAAAGGACCAGGCAUUGUGCAGCCAAACCAAGCUACCGUUCACAGCACAGUAACUUAUUACAGGUGUCUGGCAAACACAGAUUCUGCCAGUAACGGUGGGAGGCAAGAUCUCAUGGUGACAACAGUCAACCAGACAGUACAGCAGAAGGAGUCAGAGCUGAAGGAAAGCAGCCAACAGAACUGGUGUCCAGUGUGCAGAGUGGUACGACCACCCAGGGCAGGACAUUGUCGCAUCUGCAGUGUCUGUGUACUGCGUCUUGACCACCAUUGUGUCUGGAUAAACAGCUGCGUGGGACAAGCCAAUCACUGCAGCUUCCUGCUUACGCUCGUCUUCUUCUUGUUGACCUCCGUAUAUGGGAUCAGCUUGGUGCUGCAGAGUGUGUGUCCACAGCGAAACCUUCCCACUGCCCUGCUCUACUGCCCCGGGGUCUACAGCCAGUACAGCACAGCGCUGUGCUUCACCUGUGCAUGGUACAGCAGCAUUGUGACAGGUGGGCUCCUCCACCUGCUGAUGGUGCAGGUCAUUAACGUCAGCUACAACGUGACUGAGCGAGAGGCACGUGUGGCUCUGAGAGACAGGACCGCUCGCAGUGCCUGUUGGGGACUUGUUGUGGACACUGGUGUUUACUCUAGAGGGUUCCGCAGCAAUUGGACAGAGUUUAUGACCAUGGCAGACAAAGUAAAUUCUCCCACCCCAACAGACUUGGUGUAGGAGUGCUGUGCUUUUAAUGUCCACUGGAUGGCAGCAUGGCUCCUUCUAAGAUUUUACAAAGCUGUUCUGACAAAAAUAAAACACUUAAGAGCUGCUGUAAUUGUUACUGAUGUGCGGUAUUAACAGGGGUAAUCCAGUUAGUUUCUCUGAGUUGACUUUGUCACAUCGAAAAUAACAACUACAAACUAUAAAGAGUCACAUUCAUUGUUGUUAAUGUCUGAUGGCUGUUUUGUCUUCUCGCCAUCUGACCUUAUGAUGCUGCCCCAGCUCCACUUUUCAUCUUUGACAAAUAUCACCGUGUCCCUCUUCUGGAGACUUGGAAUAUUCUCUCAUGCCAGCUUUACAUCUUAUUUCCUUGCUUAGAAUCAGCAAGGGAGUUGCAGUGAGUGUGAAAAUGUCUGAACUGUAAAUAAAUGUGCAAAUCUAUUCACCUUUAGACUGAUCACACAUCUUUAAAUAGUAUGUUAACAUGACGUCAGUGGAACCGACCAGUUUGACCGCAGAGAGAGAGAGAGAGAGAGAGAUUGGUUCAAAGUGACUCCCAAAUGAAAGCCUUUGAAAUACUGACAUUUUCUUUUCAGUGCUUUUAUUUCACAUAUAUUGAAAACAUUUGUAUCAACUGUUCUAAUAGAUUUUGCAUG